GCAAAGCGAAAAGUUUUCGUUUUCAACUUUUCUUAUACAGUAAUCUUAUUUUUCUAGUUUGCGAAGUUCUCGUACACUGGGAAUCGGAUCUACUCCAGAAUCCAGAUAUAACUUCCUCGAUAAUUGUGCAGAUUGUGGCACUGGUUCGUUUUACCAUUUUAAAGUGUGAUUAGUAUUCACUGUGUAAGUUUUGGAACUACCUUUUCGGGAGAUCAUUGUGACGCUUUGAGCGUGGCGUUGAGGAACCUUGUGCGACCAUCUUUCCCAAUCCCUGCAGAAGCCACGAUGUCGGCCCCUCCGCCACCUGGCCCCCCGAUGGGCAUGAUGCCUCCCCCUCCUGGCUUUCCCAGCAUGCCUCGGAUGCCCGGGCCCCCUCCCCCCGGGAUGCCCCCGCAACCCGGCCCCCCGGGCACCAUGUCCAUGCCGCCCCCGCCAGGAAUGAACGCCCCACCUCCGAAUCUCGGCAUGCCUCCGCCCGGCGGGCCCCCUCAGUUCAAUCCGCCGCCGCGCCCACCACCCAAUAUGACCCCCAUGCGCCCUCCCCCCAAUAUGUUUCCCCCACGUCCGCCGGGGAUGAUGCCCAUGGACAUGCAGCGUCCUCCAGGCAUGGGACCACCUCCGAUGCCCGGGCCCAUGCCAGCAGGAAUGCGUCCGCCACCGGGUCUGACACCCUUCGGACAGUCUGGGGGUUUUGGGGGGCACAAUUUCCCUCCUCCCCCCGGGGCACACAGUGGGCCGCCGGGAAUGGGGAUGCAACCGUCGGACGGAUCGUUCCCCAUGCAAAUGCAACCGCGACGGGCCAUGCCGUCUCGUGGAAUGGUUCCUGCGGUACUCGAUCGCGUGUUCCAGCUGAAAAAGGACCGUGCUGUGGAGCUGGGUGUUAAGGAAGAUAUGUCCUUUACUGAUUCAUCUGCCCCUCGAGCAGCAGCGACCGGAACAGCUGACGACAGUGAAAGUAACUGGGAGGAUCAAGAAGAGGAGGAACCCAGCAGUUCAAAAGAAUCAGCAAAAGAUAAGGCCGCGCGUCAGAGACGACGAAACAAGAAAAAGAAGCGACAGCAGCAGCGCAAAACGAAAAAAGAUGAUUCACCCGUAUCAAGAGAUUCGGGAAUUGAAGACGAUCACGGAGUGGAUAUCGAGUACGUGGAAGAGAGACUAGCGCUGGAUACAAAAGAUCCCACUAAUGCGUAUUUCUGCAAGGUCUUUGAAGCUUUCAGUUUGGAGACUGCUCAGAACGGUGUUGAUAAAGACGCUACGGAAUCGGAAGAAGGGGACGCUAAGGUAUCGUUACGAAAAGUCCCUAAAUUAGCCGAGGAGGAAGAAGAGAAGAAGGACGAAGCCAAAAUGUCCCGUCGAAAGUUGCGGAAAAUGAAUCGUAUGAGCGUGGCCGAGCUGAAGCAGACUGUCUCUAGACCGGAUGUUGUAGAAAUGCACGAUGUCACUUCCAGUGAUCCUAAACUACUGGUCUGGUUGAAGUCUGUAAGGAACACUGUUUCCGUGCCAAGACACUGGUGCUUUAAGCGCAAAUACCUUCAAGGAAAACGUGGUUUCGAAAAGCCUCCCUUCAGUCUGCCGGAAUUUAUCAAACGCACGGGAAUUAUGGAAAUGCGACAGGCCGUAGCGGAAAAAGAGGACACGAAGACUUUGAAAGCUAAAAUGAGGGAGAAGGUCCGUCCGAAAAUGGGAAAAAUUGAAAUUGAUUACCAGAAACUGCACGAUGCAUUUUUCCGCUGGCAAACCAAGCCGAAAAUGACGCAUCAUGGUGAUUUGUACUACGAGGGCAAAGAGUUUGAAACAAAACUGAAGGACAAGAAACCUGGUGAACUGACGGAUGAUCUUCGGAUAGCCCUCGGGAUGCCUGUUGGCCCGAAUGCACAGAAAUACCCACCGCCCUGGUUGAUUGCCAUGCAGCGCUACGGUCCGCCACCAUCGUAUCCGAAUCUGAAAAUUCCCGGCUUGAAUGCUCCCAUUCCCGAAGGAUGCACGUUUGGCUAUCAUGCCGGUGGGUGGGGCAAACCACCUGUGGAUGAAACUGGUCGUCCUCUGUACGGUGAUGUUUUUGGGACAUUGGGCGCCGGAGUGGUGCUUGUUUCGGAAGCUGACGUAGAAAAAGACCCUUGGGGUGAACUGGAGGCUGAAGAGGAAGUCGGAGAGUACGAAGAGGCCGAGCCGGAAGAGGGCGGCGCGGAAGAAACCCCCACUGAACCCGAUCAGUCAGGUUUAGCCACGCCUCUUGAGGGGCUGAUCACGCCUAGUGGCGGGGCUUCAUCCGUUCCAGCAGGAUUAGAAACGCCGGACUCUAUUGAGCUUCGUAAAAGAAAAAUUGAACGGGAAAUGGAAGCUGGCGAUGAAGUGCAGCAGCUGUACACUGUGCUGCCGGAGAAGAAAGUCGAUCGGAUUGGAGGCGCGGUUAUGGGAUCUACUCAUGUUUAUGAGCUUCCUGGAGGAGCCAAAAAAUCUGGAGAAGGCAUUCAGGUAGCGCUGGAUCCGCUAGAUUUGGAGCGAGGUUUGGACGAACGAACGCUCCAAGCGCGAUACGAUCAACGUGUACGGGAAGAGCGCAGUCAGCUGGCUAAAGAAGAUUUCAGUGAUAUGGUGGCCGAACAUGCAGCUCGACAGACAAACAAAAGGAAGAAGCAACAAGAAAAAGAAACCACCAGCGAUAGCUCCAAGAAGAAACACAAGGAAUUCAAAUUUUAAUGGAUUCAUGUAAUUUCUGUCACUGCAUUUAUUUGCAGAGAUUGUGUAUACUCCUGCAUGUACGAGUAAUAAUUGUUAUAUUCUCUUCAUAGCGUUUAUAGCGUAUCGAUCCAUUUUUUUGGCUGAUGCUGUGGAAGAUUUUUGUUUUAUUCAACUGUGGCCCGUGGGUAUUCAUGUUCGCUUCAGUUGCCAUUAAUAUAACUCAGUGUA